CCCAAAUUUCCUCAUCAACAAUCUCAGAAGCACACACAAAAAGAAAUCAGAUUGGAAAAAAAGAAAAAAAGAGAAACAGUUUCGCAGCGAAGUCGAAUCGAAGAAGAUGUCAGGGAGAGGAAAAGGAGGCAAGGGAUUGGGAAAGGGAGGAGCGAAACGGCACCGCAAGGUCCUGAGGGACAACAUCCAGGGGAUCACUAAGCCAGCCAUUAGACGUCUGGCUAGGCGUGGCGGCGUCAAGCGUAUCAGUGGCCUCAUCUACGAGGAGACUCGUGGCGUCCUCAAGAUCUUCCUCGAGAACGUGAUCCGCGACGCCGUCACUUACACCGAGCACGCUCGCCGGAAGACCGUCACCGCCAUGGACGUUGUCUAUGCUCUCAAGAGGCAGGGCCGUACUCUCUACGGUUUCGGAGGCUAAGCUCUUAGGAUUAGGGUUUUUUUCUUUUUUUUUUUUCGGAUUUCGAAUUGUGGAUUCGUUAUUUCUAAAUUGAAUGUUUCCAUUGCUCUGUUAUGUUCUGUUGGUGACUUUAAAUAGAGAUUUCUAUAGGUUGAUUAUC